AUGGCCCCCAAGAACAACACCCAAGGCGCAAAGAAGGCCACUAAGCCCUCGGCCAAGGCCGGCGCUGCCGCUAAGGCUGCUCUUCGUGGCGUCAACUCGCACAAGGUCCGCAAAGUCCGCCUGUCGACCACCUUCCACCAGCCCAAGACCCUCAAGCUCUCGCGCGCUCCCAAGUACCCCCGCAAGAGUGUCCAGGCCGAGACCGGUGUCGAGCAGCACAAGGUCCUGAUCCACCCUCUCAACACCGAGUCUGCCAUGAAGAAGAUUGAGGAGAACAACACCCUCGUCUUCAUCGUCGACACCAAGGCCAACAAGCGCCAGAUCAAGGACGCCCUCAAGAAGCAGUACGACGUCGACACCGUCAAGAUCAACACCCUGAUCCGCCCCGACGGCACCAAGAAGGCUUUCGCCCGUCUUACUCCCGACGUCGAUGCCCUUGACAUUGCCGCCACCAAGCUCAACAUUGUUUAA